ACCUGCACCCUGAGCCUGCAGCAAGGAUCCACGUGGGCACAGGGGUUUCUGUCUCUCUCUGCUCCUGGGGGGUUGUCUGUCUCGUUACAGACAGACUGGCUGACAGGGAUUUUGCAAUAAAUUACCAAAGUAGUUGAAAGUGAGGGGAUGAUAUGGGAUUUGGGGGGUGGGAUAGCUCAGUGGUUUGAGCAUUGCCUGCUAAACCCAGGGUUGUGAGUUCAAUCCUUCAGGGGGCCCUUUAGGGAUAGGGGGCAAAAAUUGGGGAUUGGUCCUGCAUUGAGCAGGGGGUUGGACUAGGAGACCUCCCUUCCAACUCUGAUAUUCUACAAUUCUAAGAAAAUGCACAGGGUUUUUAAAUGUUGUGCACAGAACUUUUUGGUUUUUUGGUGCAGAAUUCCCCCCAGAGCAGGGAGCCUGGCACCAUCUCGCCGAGCUGCCCCAGCAGCAUUCUCUGCUGUUGCUUCCAGCCCUGGAUCUUAAAGCAAUUAACACAGGUUAAUUAGUGGACCCUGACAAACCUUUCCUUCCCUGGGGAAACUGAGUCAAGCAAACUCAAUGCUAUUAUACAGUGAGGGAAACUGAGGCAGAAAGAGGUGAAAUCUGUGCAGGACAGCUGGGGAUAGAACCCAGUAGCCCUGGGUCCUAGAGCCCCCUUGCUCUAACCAUUAGAUUCCUUUCCCCUCCCAGAACUGUGAGAGAACCCAGGAGUCCUGGCUCCCAGCUGGCCCCUGCUCUAACCACUUGACAUCACUCUCCUCCCAGAGCCAGGGAUAGAUCACAGGAGUCCAGGCUCCCAACCCCACCUGCUCUAACCACUAGACUCCCCUCCCCUCGCCGAACUGAGGAGCGAACCCAGAAGUUCUGGCUCCCAGGCCCCCCUGCUUUCAGCCAGGUGACCUGUGAAAUCCGGGGUGUGGCCGAUUCUCCAGUUCCCACCCACCCGCCCCAUGUUUAUACCAGGCCCACGCCACAGGUGUGUUGGGUUGAGGUUAUAUGAUGCCAGCCAAGGUGGCAGAACCUGGGUGAAGGGUGGGAAUCUGGGGGGAACGUGGGCAGGGGCAGAGGAGACACUAAAGGGCAAAUCUAAUGAACGUCCUAGAUGCCUGUGUGCUAAUGCACGAAGUAUGGGGAGUCAACAGGAAGGGCUAGAGAUCCCCGUGAAGAAUCCCAAUUACGACACACGGUGCAUCACAAUGACUCGGCAGGUUAACUCCCGUGACUGCAAUAUCGCCGACUACCAUAGUGAACAUCAGCGGACAUGGGGCAGGAUCUGAGGCUACAAGAGGGAAAGAGCGAGUUAAGAAUUACUUAGAUAAGUUCCAUGUCUUCAAGUCGGCAGGGCCUGACGAAAUCUGACCUCGGAUACGUAAGGAACUGGCUGGCGAGAUCUCUGAGCCACUAGCGAUCUUGGUGAUCUUCCAGAAAACACCAUCCUGGCCACUAUGGAUGUAGAAGCCCUCUACGCCAUCGUUCCACACAAAGAUGGACUACAAGCCGUCGGGAACACUAUCCCCGAUAAUGUCACAGCAAACCUGGUGGCUGAACUUUGUGACUUUGUCCUCACCCAUAACAAUUUUACAUUUGGGGACAAUGUAUACCUUCAGAUCAGCGGCACUGCUGUGGGUACCCGCAUGGCCCCACAGUAUGCCAACAUUUUUAUGACUGACUUAGAACAAUGCUUCCUUAGCUCUCGUCCCCUAAUGCCCCUACUCUACUUGCGCUAUAUUGAUGACAUCUUCAUCAUCUGGACCCAUGGAAAAGAAGCCCUUGAGGAAUUCCACCAUGAUUUCAACAAUUUCCAUCCCACCAUCAACCUCAGCCGGGUCCAGUCCACACAAGAGAUCCACUUCCUGGACACUACAGUGCUAAUAAACAAUGGUCACAUAAACACCACCCUAUACUGGAAACCUACUGACCACUAUUCCUACCUACAUGCCUCCAGCUUUCACCCAGACCACACCACACGAUCCAUCGUCUACAGCCAAGCUCUGCGAUACAACCGCAUUUGCUCCAACCCCUCAGACAGAGACAAACACCUACAAGAUCUCUGUCAAGCAUUCUUACAACUACAAUACCCACCUGCGGAAGUGAAGAAACAGAUUGAUAGAGCCAGAAGAGUUCCCAGAAGUCACCUACUACAGGACAGGCCCAACAAAGAAAAUAACAGAACGCCACUAGCCGUCACCUUCAGCCCCCAACUAAAACCUCUCCAACGCAUCAAGGAUCUACAGCCUAUCCUGAAGGACGACCCAUCACUCUCACAGAUCUUGGGAGACAGGCCAGUCCUUGCCUACAGACAGCCCCCCAGCCUGAAGCAAAUACUCACCAGCAACCGCACACCACACAACAGAACCACUAACCCAGGAACCUAUCCUUGGAACAAAGCCCGUUGCCAACUGUGCCCACAUAUCUAUUCAGGGGACACCAUCACAGGGCCUAAUCACAUCAGCCACACUAUCAGAGGCUCGUUCACCUGCACAUCUACCAAUGUGAUCUAUGCCAUCAUGUGCCAGCAAUGCCCCUCUGCCAUGUACAUUGGCCAAACUGGACAGUCUCUACGCAAAAGAAUAAAUGGACACAAAUCAGACGUCAAGAAUUAUAACAUUCAAAAAGCAGUCGGAGAACACUUCAAUCUCUCUGGUCACUCGAUUACAGACCUAAAAGUUGCAAUUAUUCAACAAAAAAACUUCAAAAACAGACUCCAAUGAGAAACAGCAUACUGGAAUUAAUCUGCAAACUGGACACCAUUAAAUUAGGCUUGAAUAGAGACUGGGAAUGGAUGGGUCAUUACACAAACUAAAAACUAUUUCCCCAGGCUAAUUUCCCCCUACUGUUUCUCACACCUUCUUGUCAACUGUUUGAAAUGAGCCAUACUGAUAAUCACUACAAAAGUUUUUUUUUCUCCUGCUGAUAAUAGCCCCCCUUAACUGAUCACUCUCAUCAUAGUGUGUAUGGCAACCCCCAUUGUUUCAUGUUCUCUGUGUAUAUCGAUCUUCCUACUGUAUUUUCCACUGCAUGUAUCCGAUGAAGUGGGCUUUAGCCCACAAAAGCUCAUGCUCCAAUAAAUUGGUUAGUCUCUAAG